UUUUUCUAUGUAUCAUCCUAUGCAUGGGAUUUUUCCUCCAGUUAUAUCAUUAACAUUUUGGAAAAAAUAGAGUUUAAAGAUUGCCGAGGUUCAAGACUCAGAUAUGGAGUAUGUUCUCUAUUAAAUGUAUCAUAAAUCAAAGAAACAUUUUGUUUUAUUCAACAGAACUCAAUAAAAAUUGUUAAAGUUAAUUCCUUAGGUAAUAUAUAAUGUUUUAGCUUGAAGGAUUAAAUACUUUUCCCCCAAUUUUUUUGUUGUACUUUAGGAAAAACUAGUUAGUGAAUGAGAAGUUCUCCACUUCUGAUCUAACAACUUUGAGAGAGGUCAGUAAGAUUUUGGCUUGUAAUAAUGAGCAGAGGGGAGGGGCAGAAGGGGGAAUGCUGGUUUUAGUAUCACACCUGAAAGCCAACUGUACAUCUUUCCUGUUUCUGGGACAGAGAUGGUCUAAACUGUAGUCUAAGAAUAGCCUUUAGCACUUCAUUUACUGUCAACCACAUCCACACUGAAAAGAAUAAUAUUCUGGCCCACUGAUGUUUUCUAUCCAGAGACCAGAAAUGAUAGAAUAAAGAUCCGAAUUAAUUAGGGACAUUUAUGUAAUUUUUUUAGAUCCGCACAAUCUCUUUAUAGACUUCUUCUAUGUUUCAAGUGCCCACUUUAGAAAGUGCUAAUUAUAUUGAUUCACCUAGAUGAGUUGAGAAAAUAAAAUGGACUACUUUUGUAUCAUCAGAUUUAGACUAGAAGUGAUAUUGCAACAGAGAAAGUUCCUGGUCUUCGGGAACAUGGACUCAAACAUGAGGGUUCUAUUGGUAUAUGCCCAAAACAAUAGGGUAAAAAAUUUUCUUUUAUAUGGUAUCAAUGGAAAUUAAUUAGCUCUGGAAAGUUUAUGCUUUCUUCCAAAGUGAAGUGGUUAUUGGCUGAAGGUUAGAAACAAAAGGAAAAGACUCUGAUCUAAAGAGGAGCAUUCAGUAGUAUUGGAUGGAACCUAACCUCUGAGUUAUGCUCAUGGUCUUUGUGAAAGGCAUAGAGGCCUGGGACAGAUGAGGCUACCAAAGUUGGAACCAAAUGAGACAAGGUGUGUCAUUCUGCUUUGAGAAUAAGAAUAUAACUCCAAUGUUCCUUUUUUCUCUUAAUUAUUCCUACAGAUUAUAUUUUUCAAGAAAUGACAACUUCCAACCAUUCCUCAGUGACUGAGUUUAUUCUUGAAGGGUUAACAAAUCUCCCACAGCUCCAACUGCCACUUUUCCUCCUGUUCCUUGGAAUAUAUGUGGUCACAGUGGUGGGGAACCUGGGCAUGAUCAUUUUAAUUGCUAUCAGUUCUCAACUUCACUCUCCAAUGUAUUAUUUUCUCAGUCAUCUGUCAUUCAUUGAUCUCUGUUACUCCUCUAUCAUUACCCCUAAGACGCUGGUGCACUUUGUGUCAGAAAAGAACUUCAUCUCCUUUUUGGAGUGCAUGGCUCAGCUUUAUUUUUUCCUUAGUUUUGCAAUUGCAGAAGGCUACCUUCUGACAGCCAUGGCAUAUGACCACUAUGUUGCUAUCUGUAGCCCACUGCUUUACAAUACAUUUAUGUCCCAAAAGACCUGUUCCAUAAUGAUGGGCAUGGUGUAUUCACUGGGUUUGUUUGGGGCCAUAGUCCAUACCACCCACAUGUCAAUGUUGUCCUUCUGUGGGUCUCAUAUUGUCAGUCAUUAUCCCUCUUUUUUUUUUAUCCCUCUGUUGACUCUCUCUUGCUCCAGUACCCACAUUAAUGAGAUUCUGCUAUUUGUUAUUGGAGGCUUUAAUGCCUUAGCACCUACUCUGGCAGUUCUCAUCUCUUAUGCUUUCAUUCUUUCCAGUAUCCUUCGUAUUCGCUCCACUGAGGGCCGGUCCAAAGCCUUUGGCACUUGCAGCUCCCAUCUCAUGGCUGUGGGAAUCUUUUUUGGGUCUAUGACAUUCAUGUAUUUCAAGCCUCCUUCUAGCAAUACUAUGGAACAGGAGAAAGUAUCCUCAGUGUUUUAUACCACAGUGAUUCCCAUGCUGAAUCCCUUGAUCUACAGCCUGAGGAACAAGAAUGUGAAGAGCACACUGAGGAAGGCGGUUGGGGGCAGGUAG